AUGUGAUCCCAAGUGCGAUGAGAAGUCGAGGAGGGUCGCAAACGGAGGAGGGGAGUGAUCUGAUUUCCUGUUAGAAAUCAGCUCCUGUGUGAAGAUGGUACUUUGUGGCCAAGAGUGAAAGCACAGAGGCCCAUUAGGGAGGCUACUGCGAAGGUCCCCGUGGAACACACGGUGGCUUGGAGCAGGGAGGUGGCAGUGGAGCAGUGAGAGGCGGCUGGGUUUGGGAGAGAUGCCCAGAGCUGAGCAGACAGAAUCUGCCGGUUGACUAGAAGUGGGUCAUGAGAGAAAGAGAGCCGUCAAGGAUGGCUCCAAGGUUUUGGACCAAGCUGCUUGACGAUGGGAAACCCCAGAGGAGGAGCAGAUUUAUGGGGGGAGCAGGAGUUCUGUUUUAGACAUGUUUGGUUUGAGAUAUCUAUUGGGCAGCCUGGCAGAAAUUUCCAGUAUAAAGUUGGGUAAACAAACCUGGAACGUCAGGAGGACAAAAACCUUCCCUGGUAGAUGACCUGGUUUCUAAUAUUUGGGGGUAGCAGUUCUGCUCGUGACUCCUUCUGUCAGCUUGACUGGCUGCUCCCUGCUGCAGUAGGCAGGCUGAGCAGGAACGCCAGCCCUGCCAGGGAACGGCAAGUAGCGAGGGGCUUGCUUGGUGCGUGUGCGCCGGUUAAAUUCCACUGGCCAGCAGAGCGCUGCUUGGAGACCGGCUCUCAGGCCGGUGCUGUGGGCUCACUCAAGUGCACACAAGCUGGGCUCUGUCACAAGGACACUCACUAACUGCAAAUGGAGUGAUCCUCUCCUCCGAGCGAUACAGGAAGCCUAGGAGUGGGACCGGGGGAAGCAGGGCAGACUGACUCGACAGGCAAGUUUGGAGGACAAUGCGGUGCGCUGGAGCUGGCACGGUCCUUGGGCCCUAACAGGCCUAGAUUCGCAUCUGUCUUUGCCCUUUCCUACCCACGAGGCCUUUGACAUGUUCCUCUACCUUUCUGAAUCUCAAUCUCAGGUUCCUUUGCCACAAGAGAGACGGGAUCGUUGUAAAGAUUAAGUAAAUUUCAUAUGCAAACCCCUGGCAUCCAAGAUAAAGAGCAAAGCAGCAACCUCUUUUCUGUGUUAGCGGGACUCCUCUCCGUCUUCCUGGUCAUCGCGAUUUUCUGCAUCCUGUGGAGCUGGAGUAAACGGAAGAAGUGGCGACCUCCUUACCUCCGAGUUACUGUCAUGCCCUCUCUGACGCGGCCUCGAUCCAGACAACGAGCCAAAAAUAUUUAUGACCCCUUGCCCCGCAGGCAAGAAGAGCCUGGGAGACAACAGUCAAGGAGUAUGCGUAUCUUCAGCACCGAGAGCCUCCUCUCCAGAAAUUCCGACAGCCCUCCCUCUGAGCACGUGCCCUCCCAAGCAGGCAAUACCUUGAGGGUGCACAGAGCCCAUACUUAUGCCCUGGGGUAUGCGGUGAGUAUCUAUGACAAUGCCAUGAGACCCCACAUAGGUGGCGACCUCACUCCCUCGGCACACUACAUCAAUGUCGGAGAGUCCAGAGAUUGCCCGAGCAUUUCUUCAGAGGAUUCGAGAGAUUAUGUCAACGUCCCCACAGUAAAAGAGACUGCUGAGACUCCAGCUUCUACCCACAGCCCUCCUGGGCACCUCUCGGACCCCCCACGUGCCCAGGAGCUGGAGUUUACUGAGGAAAGAGAUGAGGGCUGUGGGAACGCCAGUGACUGCACCGGUUUUUGGUCUCCAGGAACCGAGAGCAGUGAACUACUCAGCGACGGGGAAACUUCUUCUCAGUCCUCAAAUGACUACGUCAACAUGACAGGGUUGGAUCUCGGGGCCAUCCAGGGGAAGCGGCCCUGGGUGGCUUUUCAGUGCUGCAGAGAUUAUGAAAAUGUCCUGCCAGCAGAUCCCAAUGGAAACCAGAAGCAGGUAGAGGAAGAAGUGACGUCCUCAACCACAGACCGUGUAGAAGGCAGGCCAGAAGGUCCAGGGACCCACAUCCAACAUGUCAUGCAGCCAAGGAGGUUAUUGGCUUUAGAGGGUUACGUAGCCUGUCAGUCACCUGCACAGAGGGAGAUCAGUCAGAUCCAAUGUGGAGAAGAGAUGUCAAAUGAGGACGCUAAAGACUACGAGAAUGUGCCGGCUGCCAAGUUAGGAGGCGGGAACUCCGAGCAGGGGCCUGACACACGGCUCCUUCCCGAUGAAUUAAGACCCAGCCGCCCAGCUGGAAAGCCACGCGGAGUGGUCUAUCCUGCUAGAUCUAUAGCCACUCCAGGGUCUAGUGAAGACCCUUGAUCGUCCUUGUAUUUCAGUGGAUUUGUUUGGCUAGGCUAAAAAGAGGCUGAGAUAAGUAGAGAGCUAAGAGGCUCACAAAAGCAGGGGUUGGGAAAGGCAGAAAGGAAUUCUUCUCAAGCAGGGCGCUCUGAUCUCUCUUACCAACCUAAGAAUGUUUGCUGAAGCUGCCUGCUAGGACUGUUAGGAGAUUAAAACUUGGAGAGUACUUUAGUGCACGGUGGAAGCAUGAGCUAGUCUAAAAUCAUCACCUUCACUUACACCAGCAGGCUGCAGAGAAGAAUGCAGAUUGUUUUGUAAUCCGUGCAGAGGCCAAAAGGAAGAAGAAGUGGGGAUAAGGAUGGAGAGACAGUUUCCACUUUAAAAAGAGUGUGGACAACCAAAUCCUGGAGAAGAUGUGGAACAGCAGACUCUCGUUCAUUGCUGAGGGGAUUGCAAAGCAAAACAUCCACUUUGGAAAACUGUUGGGCAGUUUCUUAUAAACACACACUUAUUGUGCAACACAGCCAUUCCACUACUGGGUAUUUACCCAAGUGAAUGGAAAGCUCGUGUUCACACGAAAACCCUUACAUGACUGUUUAUAGAAGCUCUGUUCAUAAUUGCCAAACCCCAGAAAUAACCCAGAUAUCCUUCACAGGUGAAUGGAUAAAUAGACUGGUGUAUUCAUACGAUGAGUUUAUCCAUAUUCAACAGUAAAAAGGAAUGAAGGUUUGGUUUAUGCAACAACAUGGACAAAUCUUAAAGGCAUUUUGUUAAGUGAAAGAAGCUAGACCUAG